AACUACCAGCAGUUCGUGUCAGGCCGUGCCAGCGAGCACUGCUCUCGUAAAUCUCGGACGACAAUAAUUCUUCGACUCUGUUUAUAUUGUACGCGUAGCAUAAAUGUUACCCAUAAGCCCGUAACAUCCAUAGAAGUGACUCGUGCGUGACAAGAGCGCGUCAAGAGCAGUGGGUGAAUUGAAUAUCCAAGGAAUUUGACAGACGAAUGAAUAAGACAUACGACGCAUUCGUGCGCUGAGGUUGGCGACCCUUCCAGGGGAACGUUGGUUCACACGAUGGACAGUCUUUGGCGGUACUUCGUCAUCUUGACUCUGGCAGUAACGUCCCGUGCUUUCCAAUGUCCGGAUAGCAAAAGCUGCAGCUGUCAAACCAGCCACUAUGGAGACUAUGAGAUUAACUGUCCUAUGCUCAAUAAUUCCGCCUUCAUCAUAAACCUCCAACCCAAUCAAUAUGUGCAGGUUCAGUGUCUGAAUUCACCAAGCUGGUCGGAUUUCCCUCGUAUAGCCUCGGCGGACACAAUCACCGAAGUGGACUCUAUGCAAUUCAAAAUGUGUAACUUACCCAACAGCACCUUGAGUGAGGUUGCUGGGAAAUUGGGCGUUAGCAAGAUCAAGAGUCUCAUUUUUCAAUCUUAUGUCAACCUAAGUGCAACCUUCAAACGGGACCAUCUUAAGGGAUUUCCUAAUGUCACGAAAUUGGUUCUAUCCAGCAACAGUCUGACGAGACUGAGUUCGGAUUUCUUCAAUGACUUUCCUGAGCUCAAGUGGCUCGAUCUUCGAGAGAACAAUGUUCAGCUGCCCGCGGGAAUCUUCGAAAGUGUGCCGAAACUCGAGUUACUCGAAUUGGGAAACAAUAUGAUCGAAGUGAUCGAUCCUGCGGUUUUUCGAAAUCUGACGAAAUUGAAAUUGUUGAAUUUAUGGAAAAACAAGUUGACGGAGCUUAAGCCGGACACGUUCGAGAAAUUGAUCUCGCUCGAGUCUCUCGAUAUUCAUUCAAAUGAAUUGACGACCUUGCCACUCGGUAUAUUCUCGCAGCUUGGAAAUCUGACGGUCCUGAAUCUAUAUAGGAAUAAUUUUUCGUCCUUUCCCGAGGGAUUAUUGAGCAACAAUUUCAAUCUUCGGAAAUUCGAUUUAUUCGACAAUCGACAGAACUUGACGACUUUGCCAAAAAGAUUUUUCAGCGGCUUGACGCGGCUUAAAGAAGUCAAGUUGACAAGGAACCGUUUGGACCAUUUGCCGGAAGACAUUUUCUGGGGCGCGAGCAGCAUGACGAAUCUAAGCAUAGAAAGAAACUUUCUGACCAGUCUUCCGGAAAGGAUAUUCAAGGAUCUGAAGGAACUCGGCACGCUAAAUCUUAGCUUCAACGAGCUCACGACGUUACCGGACGGACUGUUCGCUUCGACAACCAAAUUGUAUAAUCUGGACUUAUCUAAGAAUCAUCUAACUGCAAUAUCAGAGACUCUGUUCUCUGGUCUUACGUCACUGGAAAUAUUAAACGUACAGGAGAAUAAUCUGAUGACUAUACACGAGCAAGCAUUCAAUUCCUUGAGAAAUUUAAACAUAGCAAGAUUCUCUAACAACCAGCUUACCCUCAAAUCGUCGUUCCUCAUGUACGAGGAUGAAUACGGUUCCAGAUCGCCAUUCCAUUAUUGCCAUUCGCUAAAGGAAUUAUAUUUAGCGUACAAUAAUAUAUCGGAAAUGUACGGCGAUUGGGUAAUAAGUAGUCCGAAUCUUCGUUUGCUGGAUCUAAAGCACAACCAACUGCCUUCUAUAGAGACCAGCGACCUACAAUUCACGUCCAGAAAUAUUGAAGUCGAUCUGACUUACAACAACAUCAGUCACGUCUUUCUGGCAAACAGUGAACUCCUGGCCAUUAAUCAGAACACAGCGCGUAACGUUAAGAUACUACUAGACAAGAAUCCAGUACUGUGUGACUGCGUACUCUACGACCUGCUGCGAUAUUUGGAAGGAGAAAUGCACCCAAAUGUACAAAAUCUAUUUUACAUAGUACCAGGAGAUUUAAAAUGCAAGGGUCCAUCCUGGUUAGAAGAUAUACCUGUGUCAAACCUGAAUUCCAAAUCACUGAAAUGCUUAGUAGAAGGGCCAGAUGUGGCUGGAAAGUGUCCUGAGAAAUGUGAAUGCUGGGUAAGACCACACGACACAGCCUUCCUGGUGAAUUGUUCCUACAGACAGCUGAGAGAUGCGCCAGGAAGCAUAGAGGGCUUCGCCAAUCAUCAUGUAGAAUUGAAUCUAACAGGGAAUUACUUGACGGAGAUGCCAUCUUUUCAUAAUCCUGGUUACAAGCAGGUUACCACCUUGCUCUCAUCUUACAACAAUAUAUCCAGUAUAUCGCUAGAAGCUCUAUCACCUGAUCUGAAAGUAUUAGAGUUGCACAACAACAAUCUCACGUAUAUAGACAAAGAGGUAUUGGAAUUCAUGUCGAACUCCUCAUUGACAAAACUGACGCUGCACGGGAAUCCAUGGAAGUGCAAUUGCAAAGCUCGUGACUUCCUAACCUUUGUUCAGACGAAAUUUGAGGAGAUUCCAGAGCGAUGGAACAUCACGUGCGCUGGCACAAACAAACCUAUAUUUAAAAUGACCACCAACACUCUAUGUCCAGUUGCUACUGGAAUGGUAGUUGGUAUUAGCCUAACAGUAGCGCUGAUGGGCCUGGUCAUUGGAAUACUAGCAGCAUUGUACUAUAGAUAUCAGCAGGAAGUUAAAGUAUGGCUGUAUGCACAUCAGUUGUGUCUGUGGUUUGUCACUGAGGACGAGUUGGAUAAGGACAAACUGUACGAUGCUUUUAUUAGCUACUCCCACAAGGAUGAGGACUUUGUGGUUAAUGAACUUGUGACCAAGCUCGAGCAAGGCCCAACGCCAUACAAACUCUGCAUACACUUCAGGGAUUGGUUAGCUGGAGAAUGGAUACCAACGCAAAUUGCAAGAUCAGUUGAAGAAUCGAAAAGAACCCUGGUGAUAUUGUCUCCAAACUUCCUGGAGAGUAUCUGGGGGAGAAUGGAAUUUAGAGCAGCACAUAGUCAAGCACUGAAUGAUGGCAGGGCAAGAGUAAUAGUCAUUCUUUAUGGAGACAUUGGACCGACUGAAAAUCUGGAUCCUGAACUAAAGGCGUACCUGAGUAUGAAUACAUAUGUGAAAUGGGGCGAUCCUUGGUUCUGGGAUAAAUUAAGAUACGCUCUGCCACAUCCACCAGAGCUGACAAAGAAGAAAGUGAGGACGAAGAUAUUUGAAAAACAUCAACCAACGAUUCUAUUGAACGGUGAUAAAAAUGAAUUAAUCAGACCAGUAGGUGCUCCGGAGACUCCGCCAGCGAUCACGACACCCCCAGCUGAUUCGAUGAAGACGUUUGUCUCGAAUGGAAGCAUCAAGAAGCCUCCAAUGAUCGACUCCUUCCAAAAGGAACCGUCAAUGAAAAAUGGAAGCAUUAAUACGGCACUGAUAAUUGAUUCCAAGUUGAGCGAAAAUUUAACCAAGAGUCCUUCGUAUUGUGGAAGUAAUGGUACUAUGACCUACGUAUAGUUCUUAUGCCUGAUUAUUUCUCGCAAGUCGAAUCUCUUGGGGGAGUUGGUAACGGCAACGAGCUUACUCAAAACAAGUGGCAUCUCGAAAGACACAUAUCCAUUUCUUUUUUAAUAUUAUAUCAGCGCUUAUUAUAUUAGAUUCAUUCAUGCAUCACUUUCAUUAUAAUUUUACAGUUAAUCAAUGAGAUUUUUACUGUGAGUUAGUGUCACUUCCCAUUCGAACCGUGUCAAAAUUUAGUCCCAUAUUAUUUUCAACUUUCGUUUUAAGUUCUGCCUAUCCUUGUUACUUUUCUUUUUCGUAUGAACAAAUCUAUGUCUCUGAUAUCGAACAUUCCCAUUUUUAGUAUAAAAAUGCAUGCAUAUUUUUCCAUUUGGAUUUGAUGCAAUUUUUUAAGGUUGACACUAUCUCAGUAAUGUACAAACUAUAUAUGCGUGAAGAGUACUAGUCUUAAUUAAUUUCAAUAGUAAUCUGAGCACGUUGAUUGGACGUUAUAUUAAUGUUUUACGAAAUAAGUUAAAUUCAUUAAUUGCUUGUUAAUCACGCGCGAAGGAUACGCGUGCAGAUUGGCAUGAUGCUCAAAAACGACAUGGUGCCAUCGCCAAAACUUUCUAUAUCAAAACUGUACAUAGCUACCAUAAAGACUGAAUUGGUUGCAAUGCAAUAGCGGCUCCAAUUUCUUAUAGCGCAUUUUGUAAUUCUUUUAUGUAAUUCGUUUGCCAGACCGAGUAUAGAUACGAAUUUUCAAAUAUUUUAUGAAACCAGAUACAGCUGAUCUUUUAUUUCUUGUAUGCAAUCAAAUGCAUAUUAUCGCAUUGCUAUUGCAGCCAUAUUAGUUAUUAAGUUACUAUUAUGAUUAAAUGUAAUUUUAUAAAAUCAGAUUAUAAUCUAAAUAUAUGGGUUUUUUCCUAUGA